UGAAGACUCGAGUCAGGGAAAGCAGUACAUGAACACUCGCUGUCCAGCCUGGUGUGACCGAAUCCUCAUGUCUGCUUCGGCCAAAGACCUGAUCGGCAAGCCGGAGAACGAGGACAAAUCAAUAACAUACGACAACAUCGGAGCCAACGUGUGUAUGGGAGACCACAAGCCGGUCUACUUGUUCUUUCGGUUGACCACAGGUCCAGGUAAACCUAAUGCAAAUAAGCACAAGUGUUGUGUCGUGCAGUGAUGUGGUAAAUAUUGCCUUUUUCCU